AUGAAUGACCGCUUGAAUCGCGAUGCCUCCUCUCCCUCUCGGCGUAGGGUUCGGCUACCAUCGGAAGAGUCUGACUCAGAUGAUCUGCCGUUAACUCAAAGACUUCGCCACCGAGCCCCUCCUUCGAUGCCAGACUCAGGCCCUUCUGACAUCCUUUCUCCUUCACCUCCGGUUGCAACCACCUCUCCUCCUUCGCCUCCUAUAGCAGCCCAGGCUCCUAUCCCGAGCCAGGCAAAUGUUCCUCCUGAUCCCUCCACAGUUCUGGUUGAGCCUCCCCUAACUCAACCUUCUUUGCCAGCUCAACCUUCUACCUCACGGCAGCCUCAGAGUACCGAGGCCGGCCCAUCGCGUCGUCCUCCCCCAGUUACCUCAUCGCUAGAGCCCCCUACCAUGCCUCCUUCGGCUCCUUCUAUGUCGGCCGCUGGACCUUCUGGAACCGCCGUAGGGCCUUCGCAACCUCCCCCACCUGCCCCUCAAUUUUAUCGUACCACUGCUCCUUCUGAGGUUGGGCUGCAUUCACGAAACGAUGUUUCCACCAGCUUCUUGAUAAUGAAAGGUCGUUUGGCCACCUUAUGGGGAGAAAGUAUGCAUCAGAUGGAAAUCUUACCGCCCCCUGCCCAGAUGAAGAGAUUCUCUGAGCUAUAUAUCAAGGUCAGCUUCCGUAAUUGCUUAUUGCAACUAUUAUCUUCCUCAUUUUUAUCAAAUGUUCUUCCUAUGUCCCAGGCCUGUGCAGAGUCUUUGACAAUAAACCAAUCCUUCCAUGCUGUUAACCAUCAAAAUAAGAUGUUGCAGGACAAGGUUGCCGAACUAGAACUACAAUUGAAUGACCCUGUCCAGGCUAUCCAUGCCCUGAGGGCCGAAAUAAAAGAUCUGACCAAAGAGAGAAACAGUCUGGAAGUAUCCCUAGCGCUGGCCCACCAUGAACUUAAAGGUCUCAAGGAAGAGAAAAGCCAAGUCGAUAUUGUGCACCAGCAGAGCAUGGACCAACAAGCUUUAGAGCAUCAGCGGGCUAUUGAUCAACUGACCCAGAAGCUGAGAGCCGCCGAAACUUUAGCCCAAGAACAUGAAAAGAAAUUAAAAUUCCAAGCAGCCCAACUGACAUCCCAAGCAGCAGAACUAUUGGAUGCCCGAAAUGAACUGGCUCAGACUCGGGCUACUGCAGAUGGAGCAUCGACAUCCCUGGCCCUUUAUAAAGAAGGAGAGAAUGACCGCUGCCAACAGAGCCGCGCUCUGUACCUGCGUUCUCCAGAAUUCUGUACCCAAGCAGGGCAGCGCUUCUCCACCUCUGUUAUUUAUGGUGCGGCCGGGGCUCUGCGUCAACUUUAUGAACAAGACUAUUUGAAGUCAGCUCCUCCUCCUGAAUUUUUAGAUCAUGACCGGAUCCUUAAAGAGAUCCCAGAUGAAAUUUUCGCUCCUUUCAAGUGA